GGCGCCAACCCAUGCCGAGGUGAGUCCGCGGGAUCUGCCGCUGCUACCCCGUCCGCUCCCGGUCGCCGCCGCUGCCGCCUCGCGCGGCCCCGCCGCCAGCCAGGAUGCUUGAGGAAGCGGGCGAGGUGCUGGAGAACAUGCUGAAGGCGUCGUGCCUGCCGCUCGGCUUCAUCGUCUUCCUGCCCGCCGUGCUGCUGCUGGUGGCGCCGCCGCUGCCGGCCGCCGAAGCGGCGCACGAGUUCACGGUCUACCGCAUGCAGCAGUACGACCUGCAGGGCCAGCCGUACGGCACCCGGAACGCCGUGCUGAACACGGAGGCGCGCACGGUGGACGCGGACGUGCUGAGCCGGCGCUGCGUGCUCAUGCGGCUGCUCGACUUCUCCUACGAGCGCUACCAGCGCGCGCUGCGCCAGUCGGCCGGGGCCGUGGUCAUCAUCCUGCCGCGCGCCAUGGCCGCCGUGCCCCAGGACGUGAUCCGCCAAUUCAUGGAGAUCGAGCCUGAGAUGCUGGCCAUGGAGACCCUGGUGCCCGUGUACUUCGCGGUGGAGGACGACGCCCUGCUGUCCAUCUACGAGCAGACGCAGGCCGCCUCUGCCUCGCAGGGCUCCGCCUCGGCCGCUGAAGUACUGCUGCACACUGCCACUGCCAAUGGUUUCCAGAUGGUCAGCAGCGGCGUCCAGAGUAAGGCCGUGAGCGACUGGCUGAUCACCAGCGUGGAGGGCCGGCUGACGGGGCUGGGCGGAGAGGACCUUCCCACCAUCGUCAUCGUGGCCCACUAUGAUGCCUUUGGGGUGGCUCCUUGGCUGUCACUGGGCGCCGAUUCCAACGGGAGCGGCAUGUCGGUGUUGCUGGAGCUGGCGCGGCUCUUCUCGCGCCUCUACACCUACAAGCGCACGCACGCCGCGUACAACCUCUUGUUCUUCGCGUCCGGAGGGGGCAAGUUUAACUACCAGGGCACCAAGCGCUGGUUGGAGGAUAACCUGGACCACACGGAUUCCAGCCUACUCCAGGACAACGUGGCCUUUGUCCUCUGCUUGGACACCCUGGGCCGCGGGGACGGUCUGCACCUGCACGUGUCCAAGCCGCCGCGGGAGGGUACGCUGCAGCAUGCCUUCCUGCGGGAGCUGGAGCAGGUGGCUGCCCACCAGUUCCCCGAGGUACGCUUCUCCAUGGUGCACAAGAAGAUCAACUUGGCCGAGGACAUGCUGGCCUGGGAGCACGAGCGCUUUGCCAUUCGCCGGCUGCCGGCCUUCACGCUGUCCCACCUGGAGAGCCACCGCGACGGCCAGCGCAGCAGCAUCAUGGACGUGCGGUCCCGGGUGGAUUCGAAGAUCCUAACCCGCAACACGCGGCUCAUUGCCGAGGCCCUCACCCGGGUCAUCUACAACCUCACUGAGAAGGGGACACCCCCAGACAUGCCGGUCUUCACAGAGCAGAUGGUACAACAGGAGCAGCUGGACUCGGUGAUGGACUGGCUGACACAGCAGCCGCGGGCAGCACAGCUGGUGGACAAGGACAGCACGUUCCUGAGCACCCUGGAGCACCACCUGGGCCGCUACCUCAAGGAGGUCCGGCAGCACCACAUCAAGGCGGACAAGCGGGAUCCCGAGUUUGUCUUCUACGAUCAGCUGAAGCAGGUGAUGAACGCCUACAGGGUCAAGCCGGCCAUCUUUGACUUGCUGCUGGCGGUGUGCAUCGGAGCCUACCUGGGCAUGGCUUACACCGCAGUACAGCACUUCCAUCUCCUGUAUAAGACAGUACAGAGGCUGCUCCUGAAGGCCAAGACACAGUGAGCGAGACGUGGGCGCGUCGAGUCCCAAGGCUUCUGUGCCCCCCAGGAUCCGGGGCCUCUUCCUGCCUGGCUUUUGGAAAUGCAGCCACUGAGGAUGCGAAGCUUUGGCUGGGGGCCCCUGGGGCCAGACUCGGACUUGGAAAUAAGCCCUGUGAGGGGCCUCGGGAUAGCUCACCGGGUGCUCUGCACGCGGAAGGCUAGAUCCCUUGUCCCCCAUCCUAGGACAUCUGGAGCUUGGGGCCCCCUUACCCCAGCUGCCCUGCGGGGGCCACUCCCUGAGGCCCCAGCUCCUCUGUCCAAAGCCCCUAUCCUCCCCCAUGCACCUAAGACCACGGAGCCCCUCAGUGGCCCCCCCCCGGAACCCCUGGAUGUUGGCACCCUGAGCUCAGCCCUUUUACCUCUACUCCCCAGGGCAUCCCUCUGGCUCCUUGGAGCCCUUCACCGCCACCCAGGGCUCAGGCAGCCCCUCUGCAAAGCUUCUCGCACAAGCAUCCCAGUCUCAGUUCCCUGGUGUGGUCGGGGGGUCACAGGGCAGGACUGACCUCAGGGAGACCUUGCGUGUCAUUAAUGAGCAAUAGAAGCAGCGGAGUGCUGAGGGGGUGGGAAAGGGGGGGCUGCCAGGACAAACCCGCUCACUGCUGUCCCCGCCUCCACCCCAGAGCCGCAAACCGGUAGAGUCUGGCCCUACCCCCCCCCUGCCCCCCACUGCCUUUGCUGAGCCAUCCCCGCCCAUGAGCUCCACGUGGGGGGGCCCUACUGGCCCCCAGACUCUUGCUACCGGCCUCUUCCCUCUUGCUCUCUCCCCGGCUCCCCCAGAGACUGUUUGCUGGGUGCCAGCCACCCUGGGAGUUCAGGCUCGGGGCCCCUACCGGAGCUUCGGGGCUGGUCCAUCUCCGGGCAUGCAGGGCGGCGGACGAUG